GCUAAUCCUGCUAACAGCUAACAGCUAACGGCUAACAGUGGCGCUAUGAUGGCGGAGCUGGUACAGGGACAGGCCUCGAUCAACCAGCCGGGGCUCAAGUCUGACGGCCUGGCCGACGUUCUCCAGAGGGCCCGGCAGAUGGUGGGUAAGAUGGGCGGAGAAGCCAUGUCUCACCUCAACAGCUCGUCAGGCGGCGUGGAGCCUUCGCUGUACUACCCCGGACAGAAACGACCCGGAGAGGACGGAGUAGGUAACCAGCUUGCAGCCAUGGGGCAUCAAAGGGUAAUCACAGAGGAUUACAAGGUCCCUGACAGGAUGGUCGGCUUCAUUAUUGGAAGAGGAGGUGAACAGAUCACCAGGAUCCAGUUGGAGUCUGGCUGCAAAAUCCAGAUCGCUGCUGACAGCGGCGGGCUGAUGGAGCGGCCCUGUUCCCUGACUGGAACUCCAGAGAGCAUCGAGCAGGCGAAGCGUCUGCUGGUCCAGAUCGUGGAUCGUUGCAGAAACGGACCCGGUUUUCACGGAGACGGAGAGGGCGGAGCCUCCGUGCAGGAGAUGCUGAUCCCGGCCAGUAAGGUGGGGCUGGUGAUAGGCCGAGGAGGAGACACGAUCAAACAGCUGCAGGAGCGAGCAGGAGUGAAGAUGAUGAUGAUUCAGGACGGGCCGAUGCCGACAGGAGCAGAUAAACCUCUUCGCAUCUCUGGAGACCCGUACAAAGUGCAGGCGGCGAGGGAGCUGGUGCUGGAGGUGAUCAGAGAGAAGGACGGAGACUUCAGGUCAGGACGCAACGACUUCAGCGCCCGUCUGGGAGGAACCAACUUGGACUCCGUCUCUCUGCAGGUCCCCGUGCCCCGAUUCGCCGUCGGCAUCGUGAUCGGCAGGAACGGAGAGAUGAUCAAGAAGAUCCAGAACGAUGCAGGAGUCCGGAUCCAGUUUAAAGCAGAUGAUGGCAUCAGUCCAGAGCGUGUUGCCAUGGUGAUGGGUCAGCCAGACCGCUGUCAGCACGCCGUACACCUGAUCAACGAGCUCAUCCAGACCGCACAGGAGCGUGACGGUUUUGGCUCCGCCCUGCGGGGCGGCAGGGUCAGAGGUCGUGGUGAUUGGACUAUGGGUUCUCCUGGACCGCUACAGGAAGUGACCUACACCAUCCCCGCCGACAAGUGCGGCCUGGUCAUCGGCAAAGGUGGGGAGACCAUCAAGAGUAUUAACCAGCAGUCUGGAGCUCACGUGGAGCUGCAGAGGAACCCGCCCCCCUCCACCGACCCCAACACCCGGGUCUUCACCAUCAGGGGCACGGCCCAGCAGAUGGACCUGGCCCGCCAGCUCAUAGACGACAAGAUCGGGGGCUCAGGGAUCAUGAGUAACGGAGGCUUCGGCUUCAGCCCCUUCACCCAGGGCCCGGCCGCCCACCAGAACUGUGGCAGUGGGCAGACCUUCCUGACCGGCGUUUGGGGAAACACCUACCAGACCAGCUGGCAGAACCCUGGACAACAAGACCCUGGUCAGCAGAGCCAGCCUCAGGGCCUGAUGGCAGACUACAGUAAGGCCUGGGAGGACUACUACAAGAAACAGAGUCAGUCGUCUCAGCAGAGUUCGGUGCCAGACUACACUGCAGCGUUAGCAGAAUACUACAGACAGCAGCCCUACCUGUGGAACGCCGCCCAGAUACAGGAUCACUAGAGGCUCCUCCCUCACCGGUGAAGGCCUUGGAUGGUCGUCGACGGCAACCGAAUCGGGGUUUCCUAGCAACGCUCUGCCGCUUCCUCCUUCCUUUUGUAGAGAAAAAACUAAGGAUUAACCGAAAAAAUCACGAACUCUUUUCUUUCUGUUUUUUAACCUUCAAAGUUGAUAUUUUGUCGGGCAGAUUUUUUUGGACUAGCCUCGGGUCUCCUCACAGUGUAGACCUGGUUUUUCUUUUUGUUUUAUUUUUUAUCAAACUUGAACUUAAAGAUGUAUCAGUGUGGCUUUGAACAAAAAAAAAUCCAGUAUAAUCUAUAUUUUGUCUAGUUUUAUUUUCCAAUAAGAAAACGGUAUAAGGCUUAGCAGUCUUGAGUAAGAAAUCAGAUAUUAUUAUUAUUAUUAUUUUGUUUAUGAUGUUUUAAAGCAUGCGUCAGAUUGUGUGUGUUGACUCUCAGUUAUUUUUUUUUUUAUUUUGGCAUAGAAAUAUUUUAAAGGCGUCAGAUGGAAAUUAAAUGUUUUACCGUCAGAGACAAAACUGUUUUUUGUACUAAAUUUGUGCUCGCUGGUUGGUUGUUGAUUAAUUUUACCUGUUCAGUCGUCAGGAAGGUUCCUGUUUCUUUGGUUGGAUGAUAGUUCUUAUUCCUGUAUCCAUAGUGAUCCUUUAGUUUUUAUGAUGUAAUGAUGAAUAAAUGACGAUUUAUAUUGCGUUGUCUAAGCCGGAUCUCUCUGUGGUCGAGCAGCGUCGAGACGCUGAGUUUCCGCCUCAAAACUUUCAGACAAAAAGAGGCGACAAGCUUUUUUCUUACAAAGUGAAACUUUAUUAUUAUUGUUGUUGUAACUUAGUUCUGCAUUUCUACUUUGCCCAUUUGUUUGUAAAAGAAGAGUUCGGAGCUGAACAAUGAAGUUAUCAAGUCUAUUUGCAGUGCGUGAUCGCCUGAACCAGCGGGUUAGCUAAACGUGUGUUAGCACGCGAACGAUGUUUGUUAGCGAAACGACGUGUGUUACCUCAACGUGUGUGAGUGAAUGUUUCUGAAUGUUAACUGGUGUUAGCUUAGCAGUGUGUGCCUGUCUGUCCGCUGUGUGUUAGCAGUUAGCUUAACAUGUUCGCUAACUUUUUGCACUCGCGACUUAUCGUAAAUAACCGAGAAACUUUAACGCCAGCCUACCGAACGUCUCAAUAAAUCCCAAAUAACACAAAUAUAAUCCACUUGCUAGUUAAAAGCUUCCUACCUCCUAGCCUAGCUUAGCUAGCUAAUAAACUGUAAAAUCUAAAACAUUUAAUAUCAUUUAUCUACUUUAAUUAUAUAUGAAAUUAUUAUUAUAUUAUAAGAAAGCAACAUCUUUGAGUUAUCUAUCAGCUUUUCUGAUUCUCCCAACAUGACGCCAACGUAGCGUUAGCUUAAUGUAGCUUCAGCCAAACGUUCGUUAGCUGAAUUAUAACUUUAGAUUUCUCCAAUUUUGUUUUAAAAACUGUCAGCAAACCAGAGACAAAUUUAAAUAAACAUAAAAUCCACUCGGCUAGUUAAAGCUAGCUUAGUUUAUAUUGGCUAGCUUUAACUAGCUAAAAGCUAGUUAGUAACUAUGCAGCUAAUUUUCCUGCUAAAAAACUACAAAAUCAAUAUAAAACAGUUAAAAUAACGAAUUAAGGCCCAAAAUGAUUUAUCUACUAGAACCUCUUUCACCCAAUUAGUGUUUCAAGGACGUCAGCUUAAUGUUCGUUAGCUAAAUGUUCGUUAGCUGGACGUUCGUUAACUGAAUUAUUUGUGAAACGGUCUCCCUCCUGUUUCCUUUUUUAAAAGAAAAAUAGUGACAGAAUGACUCCGGUGAACUUCACUGGCAUUAAAAUUUAAAUAAACGGAUAAAAUCCACUCUGCUUAGCCUAGCCUAGCUAGCUUUAAAUAGCUGCAAAGGUAUUUUCUUCUUAUUUUUCCAGCCAAAAACAAACUGCCAAACUGAAUAACUGACUAUAAAAACUUCAUGUGAGCUUCAUAAAAGCCUGUUAACAACACAGCAGCAAACAGAGAAACGUCUUUAAAUAAUUUGUCGCGUCGCAAAAAUGUUCAUUAAUGAGCAAACACAUUUGCGUAACUGUGUGUUUGUAGUUUAAUGGUGCCGGAUGUUUGUUAGCUGAACUGUUUCGUAAACUGAUAUUUGUGGUGUGUGUGUGUGUGUGUGUGUGUCUGUGUGUAUUAAGGCUGGAUUGUUUUUCUCAUUUCGGAUCUUUUUUCGGCUCUUUUCUACAUUUUGAGAAAGUUAAAGUGUUUUUCUUUGCUUUUCUUCUUCAAACCAGCAGGAAGCUUGAUCUGCGAGUCGUCUAGUUCAGGAAGCUUUUCAUCCAGAAACACUUUGUUAGAUUAUCAGAAGCUUUGUGUCCCUGUGGUGUCCAGCCUUAGUGUGUGUUAGCGGUCUGUAUGUUAGCGUUAGCUGUGUGUUAGUGUAGCAUUGUGUGAGCGUUGUCGUGUCGGACCACAGAGAGGUUCGUCUUCGUUGAUCUGGCGUCUGUUGAGUUGAAUCUUGAAUCGGUGGUUCUGCUUCUUGUGUGUGUGAUGAUGAUGAUAAUAAUAAUAAUGACAACGAUAAUAAUGAGUUCUCCUGUUUGGGGGUCUAUUUAAAUCUCUUUAUCCAGUUUUGAAUAUUCAGUUUGUCGAUAAGAUAAUAUGGUUUGUGUAAAUUUCCACUCUCUGGCGGGUGCUCUCCAGUUAAAAUGUACUUUGUUAUCCUGUUCAAAUGAUAUUGUUUAAUUCACAUGUUGUGUCUAACCGAUUUGCAAAGAGAAGCUGAGUAUGUGUUUAUUUUCUCAAGACUGCUAGGCUUACUGUCUCUCUCUCUUCUUGUCUGUCUGUCUCCGUGUCAGGCCGGCGCCACGUUUAAAAAGCCGUUUGUGAUGUUUCAGCACGUCUGAUUGGACCGUGUGACCAGCUGACGUGUUGAAGCGCCAGGCGGCUUGUUGGCGUGGCUCCUCCGGGCGGCGGAGCGCUGUAGUGAGGGGGUUUUACUCCCCGAAAUAUAAUUAAAACACACUGGAGUGGACGGGGGGCGGAGUCCGGUCCAGUUCAAGGCUCAGUGAGUCUGAACUGGUCUCUAACUGGUCCCAUGAGCCCUCCCGGCGCCCAGAACGGACCGGACACGCUCCACCGGACACUCCGGUUUAGAUCUUCCUAGUCCCGCCCCCUCGUCCUGAAGGGGUGACGGGGAGCUUUUUGGUUUCUUGGUUUCUGUUGUUUUUCUAAUGGACAGACGUCCUAACUGUAACCUGCAGAUUUUUCUAUUAGAUUCUAUUGACAGAUAGAGUUGUGUAUGAACCCGAGCCACGAGACUGUCGGUGGCCGAGGGAGAGGAAGAUGAUGAUGAUGAUGAUUAACAUGAGGGCUAAUAAACAGGCUCAUUCUUUCUGA